GAUGCAUAGAAAAUGUCAACAACAUGCCGGAGUCUUUCGGAGAAACAGAAACUGACGAGAGACUCACGGACAGACAACAAAGAGAUCAAGGAAGUCCGUCGUCUCAUAAUAUCGCGUCUUUAAUAUCUCAGUUUGCAGAUGAUCAUUCAACACUUGUGCGGAACAUAAGCACAGGACUGGCAGUUGCUGGUGUCAUUGUAAUUGCAAGGAGUAUCAAACUGGUCACCACAUUUCAAGCUGCUUCUGAGAUCCCCGCUCGUUUUAUUGAGAGGAACGUCAGCCUUCGUGGGAAAGUUCAUUCAAUCACAGAGAGAGGACUUGAAGUGGAACAUGUCCCAAUUUAUCUGCCAGUCGUCUCUCCGUUUCUUUCAAAAUACAAAGGUGGGUGCACGUCCCCGAUGCUGGUGCAUCUUGCAGGAGUGGAGUUGACUCCAGAGGGCAGGGUAUGGCUGCAGAAGAACUUGGCUCCUGCCCAAACAGUCUGGCUCAAACUUAUCAGCCGAGAAGACGACAUACUUCACUGUUUGGUGUCUCAAAGCAAGGUAAUUUCGCUGUCUCUCCAGCAGGGGUCGAUGUGGAGCUACUGUCUGAACGAAGAGGUCCUCAGGCUCGGUCUGGCUCGCACCGCGCCCGUGGUCGGGGUCCUGCCUGACUCUAGCCUCUACUGGCGUCUUCUCAAACGGCUGCACAAGGCAGAGGUCAAAGCUGAGAGGAAGGGGCGGGGACUGUGGAAGCAGGACAGCCUAUGGGAGAGAGCCUCCAAAGUUGUCAUGGACAACGCUUUAUUCAGACUGAUAAGGAGGAUCUUGAAGAAGACCUUUGACUGAUCGCUACAAGACAGAGUUGUUUAAUUAAAAUGUGACAGCACAUAAUCUGUGUCAUUUAGUCUGUAUGCGGGUUGUUGCCAACUGAUGUAUUGACACAAAAGAAGUUUAACAAUCUCCCCAUGGGUUAUAAAAUGUACCAUCCAUCACUAAUCUGUCAUGUAAGAUAGGUAUGCUUAUUAAUGCUAUAUAAACAACUACAUUUC